UAAAAAAGCUACGAAAUGGGUCCCACUAGGGGAGAUUAAUAUAUAUUUGCUAUUCAGAAUAAAGGCGCAAGAGUGGGCGACGAGGAAAGGCUCCAGAGAGAGAGAGAGAGAGAGAGAGAGAGAGAAGGCACUUCUUCUUGUUCAUAUUGUUGUUGUUGUUCUUCUUCUUCUUCCUUCUCACGCUUCUUCCGGCCCUGCAAUUAUUACACCAAUCAGAACUCUCUGUUUCCGUCUUCCUUUUCCACUAAUUUGGGGUUAAACCAUCCCUUCUUCACUUGAUUGUUUAGUGAAUUCAGGAGGGCAACCAUGGUGUCGGCCAACAGAGAGAUGGUGGUGUACUGUUUCGAUACUCUUCUCGCUCACUACAACGGCGAGGAAGCCCCUCCUCCCGCUUUCCACGGCGGUCAACACCCCUUGUUCGUUACCUGGAAAAAAGUGGUCAAUGGCGGUGAACCUCGUUUGCGAGGGUGCAUAGGAACUCUAGAAGCUCAAUGCUUGAUAAAUGGCUUCAAGGAUUAUGCUUUAACUAGUGCAUUGAGGGACCGCAGGUUCCCCCCAAUACAGCCUAAAGAAUUACCACAUUUGGAAUGCACAGUUUCCAUUUUAGUUGAUUAUGAAAUAGCUAUCAAUUAUCUUGAUUGGGAGGUAGGUAAGCAUGGUAUUAUUAUUGAAUUUAAUGAUCCCGACUAUAAUACUAGACGAAGCGCUACGUAUCUGCCCGAGGUAGCUGCCCAUGAAGGUUGGUCAAAAAUUGAGGCCAUCGACUCAUUGAUUCGAAAGGCAGGAUAUAACGGUGCAAUCACCGAGUCACUAUGUAAGCGUAUUCGAUUAACUCGGUACCAAAGCACCCUAUUCACCAUGCACUACGGUGAGUACGUCUCCUACAUUAAAAACACCCGGGGCACGGCCCCCCGUGUCGUCGGGGUUAAAGCCUAACACAACCAUCCAUUCUUCCAAACCGCUUCUGCAAAAAUCUGCAAAGCGUAAGUUUGGGUAACUGAACUAUUACGAAGUGUCAUUUCUUAUGUGAAUCACUGUGAGAUAAACUGAAGAACUCAGUAGUUAUGGAAACUUAUCAUUCAAGCUCUGCUGCUUCUCUGCAGUUGGCUGCUCUGUAAUUUAUAAACAUUUCUAAGUUCUAAUUAUUACUGCUAUUUAUCUGUCUGCCAUUUCGGUAA